CAAACUUCCCCCUUCUUCUCCGCUGAACUGCCCAAAGCUAGAGAGAGAGAGAGAGAGAGAGAGAGAGUUUUCCCAAGAAAGUUUGAGAAUUUCCAAGAAAUCUUGAUUGAUAGUAGGGAGAGAGAUAUAAAGAGAUGGCGAUGCCUGGGGGAGUCGCGGUGCUGACGAAUUCGGUGAGCAAGGUCGAUUCUUCUUCCCCUUCAUCUUCCCAAGGUCGUUUGAGUGGCUCGGAGAUGGAGGUGGUGUCUCCGAUUCUGAUUUUCUUGUUCUUUCACAAAGCGAUUCGCAAUGAGCUCGACGCGCUUCACCGAUCCGCCAUGGCCUUCGCCACGGGGAAGCGCAGCGAUAUCCGCCCGCUGCUCGAGCGGUACCAUUUCUUGCGGUCUAUCUACAUGCACCACUCCAAUGCUGAAGACGAGGUAAUCUUUCCAGCUCUUGAUAAUCGUGUGAAGAAUGUAACACAAACAUAUUCCCUUGAACACAAGGGUGAAAGCAAUCUUUUUGAUCACGUAUUUGAGCUGCUGAAUUCUAGUGCACAAUAUGAUGAAAAUUUUCCAAGAGAGCUAGCUUCUUGUACAGGAGUUCUGCAUACAUCAGUUAGCCAACACAUGGCGAAGGAAGAAGAGCAGGUCUUCCCCUUGCUUAUUGAAAAGUUUUCGCUUGAAGAGCAGGCCUCUUUGGUCUGGCAGUUCUUGUGCAGCAUUCCGGUGAAUAUGAUGGCAGGGUUCCUUCCAUGGCUUUCGACCUCCGUUUCACCUGAUGAAUGUCGGGAUCUGCACAAGUGCUUAAGUAAGAUUGUCCCAGCGGAAAAGCUUCUUCAAGAGGUUGUUUUUACCUGGAUGGAAGGGAAAAGCAGUCCUAACACAGUUGAAAGCUAUGUAGAUAAACUUCACCUACGAUGUGUAGAUUCUAGUUCAAGCACAGUAACUCAUCAAAUGGAGAAAGUAAAUUGUGCAUGUGAGUUCACCAGGACUGGGAAAAGGAAAUAUCUAGAGUCAGGUAAUGAUGUUCUAGAGACCUCAGGAUCACAUCCGAUAAAUGAAAUAUUGCUCUGGCAUAAUGCCAUUAAAAGAGAGUUGAAUGAGAUAGCAGAGGAGGCCAGGAAGAUACAAGUGUCUGGAGAUUUCACUAAUCUCUCAGCUUUUAAUGCGAGGUUGCAAUUUAUUGCUGAAGUUUGCAUCUUUCACAGUAUUGCUGAGGACAAGGUCAUCUUUCCUGCGGUAGAUGGGGAAUUUUCUUUUUCCCAGGAACACGCGGAAGAAGAAAGCCAGUUCAAUGAGUUUAGGUAUCUAAUCGAAAGCAUACAAAGUGCAGGAGAAACCUCCACUUCAGCUGCUGAGUUUUAUGCAAAGUUAUGCUCGCAUGCAGAUCAUAUAUUGGAAACUAUACAGCGGCACUUCCACAAUGAGGAAGUUCAGGUUCUUCCUCUUGCUCGAAAGCACUUUAGCUUCAAAAUACAGCGGGAACUUUUGUAUCAAAGCUUGUGCAUGAUGCCCUUGAAAUUGAUUGAGCGUGUCUUGCCAUGGCUGGUAGGAUCAUUGACCGAAGAUGAAGCCAGGGAAUUCCUUGAAAACAUGCAGUUGGCAGCUCCAGCAACAGAUGCAGCUCUAGUAACGCUCUUUUCUGGUUGGGCUUGCAAGGCUCGUAAUCAAGGUUUAUGUGUGUCCCCAAAUGCAACUGGAUGCUGUCCUGCUAAAAGUCUUGCUGAUAUUGAAGAAAAUUUUCAUAGAUCAUCCUGUCCUUGUGGCUCCACAGUGCGCAGAGACAGCCCAAAAUCAAUUAAAGCAGCUGAAAUUAAAAGACCUUCCAAACGGAAUGUCUCAAUGUCAUCCAAUGGUAGCAAUGGCACUGACCCUUCAGAGACUAUACAUGACCAGAAACAAUGUUGUAGUGAUCGACCUUGUUGUGUCCCAGGAUUAGGAGUAAACAGUAAUAAUCUGGGGUUGAGUUCUCUUGGUAAUGCUAAGUCUUUGCGUUCCUUGUCUUUCAGUUCUUCUGCCCCAUCUCUCAACUCCAGUCUUUUUGUUUGGGAAACAGAAAAUUGCUCUUUUGAUAUUGGAAGUGCAGCAAGACCAAUCGAUACUAUAUUUAAAUUCCAUAAAGCUAUAAGCAAAGACUUAGAGUAUUUAGACAUUGAAUCUGGAAAACUUAGUGACUGUGACGAGACAUUCCUUCGGCAGUUCACUGGGAGAUUUCGUUUGUUGUGGGGACUAUAUAGAGCUCACAGUAAUGCUGAGGAUGAUAUAGUGUUUCCAGCAUUGGAAUCCAAAGAGGCUCUUCAUAAUGUGAGUCACUCAUACACACUGGACCAUAAGCAGGAAGAAAAAUUAUUUGAAGAUAUUUCUGAUGUUCUUUCUGAGCUUUCACACCUUCUUGAAAGCUUGCAGAAGGCCCAAAGGACAGAGUAUUUAACUGGAAAUAAUACUGGAUUUUCUUCUGCCCGUUGUAGUGAUUAUGUUAAGAAAUACAAUGAGCUAGCCACUAAGCUUCAAGGAAUGUGCAAAUCAGUAAGAGUGACUUUGGAUCAGCAUAUUUUCAGGGAGGAACUUGAGCUGUGGCCAUUGUUUGGGAGACAUUUUUCUGUGGAGGAGCAAGACAAAAUAGUGGGCCGCAUUAUUGGGACUACAGGUGCUGAGGUUCUACAGUCAAUGUUACCGUGGGUAACUUCUGCACUUACUCAGGAUGAACAAAACAAAAUGAUGGACACGUGGAAACAGGCUGCCAAGAACACAAUGUUCAAUGAAUGGCUUAAUGAAUGUUGGAAAGGAAGUCUGGUGCCAACUUCAGAGACUGAAGCAUCAGAAACUAGCAUUUCUCAAAAAGGUAUUGGACAUCAAGAAAGCUUGGACCAUGGUGAUCAGAUGUUCAAGCCUGGUUGGAAGGAUAUUUUCCGAAUGAAUCAAAAUGAGCUUGAGUCAGAGAUCAGAAAGGUUUAUCGGGACUCGACUCUGGAUCCAAGGAGAAAGGCAUAUCUUGUACAGAAUCUUAUGACUAGUCGUUGGAUUGCGGCUCAGCAGAAGUUGCCUAAAUCAUUAGCCGGGGAGACUUCUAAUGGUGGAAAUGUAAUGGGAUGUUCACCAUCAUUUCGAGAUCCUGACAAACAAGUGUUUGGGUGUGAGCACUAUAAAAGAAACUGCAAACUCCGUGCUGCUUGUUGUGGCAAGUUCUUUACAUGUCGGUUUUGCCAUGACAAUGUGAGUGAUCAUUCUAUGGACAGGAAAGCGACAUCAGAAAUGAUGUGCAUGCGCUGCCUAAGCAUUCAAGCAGUUGGGCCAACAUGCAUGACGCCUUCAUGCAACGGCUUUUCAAUGGCUAAUUAUUAUUGCAAUAUCUGCAAAUUUUUUGAUGAUGAAAGGACUGUAUAUCACUGCCCAUUUUGCAAUUUAUGCCGGGUUGGGAGAGGUCUUGGAAUUGACUAUUUUCAUUGCAUGACAUGCAACUGUUGCCUGGGAAUUAAGUUAGUGAACCACAAGUGCCUGGAGAAAGGUUUAGAAACAAACUGCCCUAUAUGCUGUGAUUUCUUAUUCACAUCAAGUGCAACGGUCAGAGCUCUUCCUUGUGGCCAUUACAUGCAUUCAGCUUGCUUUCAGGCAUACACUUGCAGUCACUACACCUGUCCAAUUUGCAGCAAAUCUAUGGGAGAUAUGGCGGUCUACUUUGGCAUGCUUGAUGCAUUGUUGGCUGCUGAGGAGCUUCCAGUGGAAUACAGGGAUCGUUGUCAGGAUAUACUCUGCAAUGACUGUGAUCGAAAGGGUUCCGCACGGUUCCACUGGUUGUAUCAUAAGUGUGGAUUCUGUGGGUCGUAUAACACCAGGGUGAUCAAGAUGGAGAUGACAAAUUCCGAUUGCUCCACAGCACACUAACGAUAGGUAUACCAGUGUUUUGUAAAUACUUGUAUAGCCAAUCCAAAAUUUUCAUCAAUCCACUUGUGGGUUUGAAGAUUCAUAUUCAAGAAAUUAGACAUUAGCAGGUGGUAUUAAAAUGCUACCAUUUGUUGACCA